AUGGGUGGGGCUGAUUAGAGUUGAUGGGUGUGGUUAUUGAUGAUGUUCACAAGAAGGUUUUAUAGAUCUAACCUUUCUAGAAGCAUUUAUUAUUUAUUAAGAGGUCAUUCAUCUUCACCAGCUGUACCAUGUGUGACAUCAGCCAAAGCUCCACCCACAGGCACGCCCACAAUAGCUCCAAUUGCAAUGAUAUCCUUAUUAGGAAUAUUUAAGCGGGAGGAAGAAGAGGAGGAGGAGGAAGAGGGUGCGGUUCCGUUAUCAUUCAAAAUAUUGUAUUUUAAAGCUAAAUCGUGUAUAUCUGAGGGUGAUUAUAAUUCUGCUGAGUCAGCACUACAUAACGGACUUCACAUACUUCAAUUAUCAACUUAUUCAAACACACGCCCAUUUAUGGAAGCAAUGGCUGCUACCACUUAUGAAUUGGGAGAACUGUAUGUGAUUAGAAGAGAUUGGGAAAAGGCUGUCAAUAGCUAUACAGAGACGAUAAGGUUGAUGACUCUGUGUGAUAUUUCACUGGAAAAUCCUCAAGUUAUUGAACUAUCUUUAAAAGUGGGAAAAACACUUUGUAAUAAGAAUGAUUACAGAGAAGCUGAGAAGACAUUUAACUUUACCCUCUCCUCUGCUUUGAAACUCGUUGAUGUAGAUCCAAGUGAUAAUAAUGUUGCUCUACUUGGCAUGUGCUAUCAAGCUAUUGGACAGUUCUAUCUAAUGUCCAAUGACUUCACCAAAGCUAUGGGAUAUUUUAAGAAAUCGCUAGAAAAGGCAAAAGAGGUCUAUGGCGAGCGAGACAGUCAAGUGGCCGUACUGAUGAGUGACACUGCAGCUGCUCUACAAGGAGGAGGCCAUUUUGAAGAAGCAGAGAAGAUGUGUCAGGAAGCAGUAGACAUGUUACUUGAUGUAGGCCCACCACACGAUAAUGAACACCUAGCAAUACUCCUCAUGAACUUAGCUGCUCUUAAAAAUGACAAUGGGAAGAAGGAGGAAUCAAUGGCUGUGUAUAAGAAAGCCUUGAGCUAUUCAAGAUCAUUGCCUGAUCAAUCGAUUAGUAAAGAAAUAAGAAGAAGACUGACUUUACUCAGAAAUGAGACACAACAGAAGUAGAAUACAAUCAACAUGUAACUGCAUGUGUACAUUUUAUUUUCAUUAAACAUUAUUUGAACAUUUAAAGUCAUUAUUUUGUAAAAAAGAGCUCUUAUACAAUUCAUUGUGUAAUAA